UUAAAAAAUCAAUUUUAGUAAAAACACAUCUAUAAAAUUUGGAUUCAUUUCCAAAUCUUUUAUUGCAAAUUCAAAGUUGAAUAGAAGUGCGUCAAGUACAAGAAUGACUUCAUUGGAGUGUGUUCUCAUUGCUGGCCUGUGCCACGUGAUGCAUUACCUAGCUUGGUCUUCCAAAAGAUCGGAUAUUCCUAGGUUACAGCUACCCUCUCUGGUUGUUGGUCUUGCUGCGAUGGAUCUAAUAUGGGACAACUGCUUCAUUCCCCGGCGUCUUCAAAUUAUGCCGGGAGUCCUUAAACGUAUCUACGAACUAGCAGUAGCUUUUCUUCUAUUGGAGAUUGCCGUACACGUGAUCUGGAAGGCAGUUGAGAAUGGUUGUUUUCUGCUGAUCAAGAUAAUACUUUUCAGAACGGGCCUCGUUUCUGAUUAUAACUAUUUCAAGUACGAAAAUUACUGGGUGGGCAGCGUUAUUGUGCCUCUGUCCUUUCUGAUCCUCGCAUUUGCCGGACAUGCAACCGACCAUUUCCAUUUGCUGCACGACUGCUUCUUUGAGGUCCAGACAAAGGUACAUUUGCGAGUGAACGAGUCUCUUAAGUAUAUCAUCCAAAAUCCAAGAGGUGUAAAGAAGAAGCUAACCAACAUCGUGCCGACCCUUCAAAAGCACAAGGAUCUCAUUCGCAAGCAGCGUCGUGGAAGGACAUUCGUGAGUCACAUCAAUCGCAACGUCGAACUUCCUCGCCAAUAAAUUAGAACAGCUGGUACCUCGU